AUGAUAGUAAUCCAAUGCGACAGCCCCUCAAAGGAUCAGCUACCUUGCCCUCGUGAAACAAAAGGCGAGGACAUCAGAAAGUCUGUGGAAACUGCCAUAAUGAAGUCACUUUCAGGCAGAUCAAUUAACUACAGCAUUUUCAUUGAAAAUGAAAAGCCAUUGCCGCAUGAAACAAAACUUGAUGAUCUAAAUACAGGCAGACAAAUUAUUGGUCAUAAUGCUGAUAGGGCAUGA